AUGCCUCCUCCAACACUGCCACUCCUCCGUCGACCGACUGCCAAAGACCUCCGCCAACAACUCCACCAGCUCAGCGACGUAGCGCAGGCCCUCCAAGCCGAACGGAUCAGCCUCGAACACCAGCUCCGAAGCGUCCACGAGAGAACCACCUUCAACGACAACCAGAUCCGUCGCAUCAUGAAUGACCUUGACCAGAGGUUGUUCAAGGAACAUCGUUCGCAAAGCCAGCCCGACUUUCAACGCGGUGUCAUUGCGAAUGACCUUGUCAUCGACGGUAUCUGCACUCAGAUGCAGCUCAACUCGCAGUUGAAGGGUGCCGUCGAGGCCAUCAGCAAGAACCAGGGCACAAUAUCCGAAAACAACCUCCUCCUCAUGGCCGUCUUGAACGAGUUGAGCGGCGAUCCCUAUCACUUUGCGCACCAUGUCGCCGUCCGUCUCGUCGAGUACAGCCAGGUCAAAGACCAAGAGCGUCAAAAUAUUCCUGUUCAUCCCAGCCUCACCUCUGCCUUGCCUGGCCCGAUCGAUCCAUACUUGGCUCCCCCUGCGCACGCAGGCGCUGAGAAGGCAAGCACUCGAGCCGUUAGAGAUUCAACCGUCGUCUCAUUGCGUUCACAAUCACCCUCCAUCAAGUCCGAGGAUGGAUCGUCCGAACAGGGUGAACGUGCUGCUCUACCGACCCGCUCUGCAUCAGCCCUGAACGAUCUCCCUGGCCCUAUCCCCAUAUCAGCUGCAGUCACUGUGGUUCCCCUGGCAGAUCAGGGAAACAUCGUCGCACACGGCAUGUCAGCUCUCCAAAAGAAUUUCCCGGGACUUCUAGAGUCCUUGAGCAAAGCCCCGGUGGCCCGCAUCAAGCCCGCUCCUGCGGCAGGUGCUAUGGCAGCGCCGGGCAUGAAGCGUGGCAGAGAGUCCACGGACAACAAUGACAGCCCUCCGGGUCCAGUAAAGGCAGGCAAGAAGGCCAGAAUCGGAAAGGAGCCAGCCAUUGCCCACACCUUUGUCUUGUUCAUGAAGCGUCUCGAACAACUGCAUCAGAGCGGCCAAGACAUAGGCGCAAUCCUCAAAUGCUCCCGUUGUCAGGCCAUCAAGCGCGACGUCCGAGUCCUCAACUGCCUGCAUCUGUACUGCCACCGCUGCAUCCUGUGGCUCCGACACGAGGCGCAAAAGGGCGACGCGGUGCGUGGAUUUCAAUCAUUCUGCGUGCAGCCCGAAUGCAAGCAGGUCGUCAGCGGCAAAACCACCGUGAUUGACUCCGAGAUUAUGGAAUUCCUGCAGUGGUACGAUAAACAGUCGCCCGCGGUCACUUCGCUCCCGGCGCAACUCAACGUGCUCGGCUCUGCCGUGGCCAAAUACCCCGAGGACGACGAGAUCAAGCACAAGCUAGACCAAAUGCAGUUGCGGUACAAGACACUCCAGGCCAACGCCGUCAUGGAUGUCCCGUGCGAUCUCAUGCAGAUUGCGAAGCUGGCGAGGAAGCCUUACUGA